UGUUUAUUUGUUUAUAUUGUAAUUGUUCUUUGGACUUUUCUCCCCAAUAAACAGUUUUAUUUAAUUUACAUUUUUAAAUUUUCUGAGCAUAAAAUGUGGACAAAAACAUCACGAGAGGACCUCCUUUAUAAUGAGAGGAAACAUGUAUCACACACAUACACACACACACACACACGCACACACACACACACACGACACACACAGACACACACAGACAAACAGACAAACACACAUGUCUCGGCCCCGCCUGGUGGACCUGGGGGCCUCCGGGCUCGUGGGGGGCCACGUGGCUCUGAAUUAACCCCCAGAGGCAGCGGCCCUCCAGCUAUGCGUCGGGUGGAUGCCGCGCGCGCCGCCUCGCCGCGCCCGGGUUAAUAUUAGGCGCGCGUGGUGGUCGAGCUAUUUCCGAAGGGGGCGUGUCGGCCGCGCUCAUUGGGCCCGGUUCAUCCCGGAGUGCGCGUGCAGCCGAGUGGGAGGAGAACGAUAUCAAAAAUACCCCCCCGGUGUCCGGCGGGUAUAAAUAGCCCCGAAGUGUCCAGAGCGCGCGGAGCUGCGCGGAGCUACAGCCGGGCACGAGCACGGGAUUAGAACCGACAACUCACACCGCAGACCCGCUUCCACCGAGACCUUUUCCCGAGGAGAGACUCUCCGUGGACCGGAAGAGCCAGAGCAGCCGAACCAACCGGAGGAGAUGCGUUCCGCCGCGUGCUUCGCGCUGUCGCUGCUGUGCGUAACGAGCGCGGCGGCGCGGUCCGCCCCGCUGGAGGCGCAGGACGUGGUCCCGGUCCGGGUGGACCGGAGGCCCGGCGGCCGCUUCUGGAAGCGCAGCGAGGAGCAGCCGAGCUUCACCCUGAGCGCGUUCGGCCGGGACCUGACCCUGAACCUCACCCCGGACACCGGCUUCCUGGCGCCGGCCUUCACGGUGCAGCGCGUCCGGGCCGGAGACGCGGCUCCCGGCGCCCGGCCGGAGGAGCGCGAGCCGCGGCUGCGGGGCUGCUUCUACUCCGGGAGCGUGGACCGCGACGAGAGCUCCGUGGUGGCCGUCAGCCUGUGCUCCGGGAUCCUCGGGACCUUCAUCACGGAGGGGCGGGAGUACUUCAUCGAGCCCAAGCGGCGCGGCGGCCGCGGGCCGGACUCCGCGGAGCAGCCGCACGUCAUCAAGAGGAAGAGCUUCACCGGGACCCGCGGCCCCCCCCUCCGGUUUGACUACACGGCGGCGGCGGCGGCGCAAGAGGAGCAUACCGGGGGCCGCUUUACGCACGGGGCGCGUGACGCGCAGAGGGAACCUCGCCGGAGACGGUUCGUGUCCGAGCCCCGGUUCAUCGAGACGCUGGUGGUGGUGGACUCCAACAUGACCCAUUUCUAUGGAGACGAGAUACAGCACUACGUCCUGACCCUGAUGUCCAUGGCCGCCCAGCUCUACCGACACCCCAGCAUCAAGAACUCGGUGAGCGUGGUGGUGGUGAGGCUGCUGCUGCUGGAGGAUGAGGGGGCGGGGCCUCAGGCCUCCAGCAACGGGGGCGUGGCCUUGAGGAGCUUCUGCUCCUGGCAGCAGCUCCUCAACACGCCGAGCGCCCGGCACCCCGAGCACCACGACACGGCGCUGCUGUUCACCCGCCAGGACCUCUGCGGUCAGAAGAGCUGCGACACGCUGGGCGUCGCCGACGUCGGGACGAUGUGCGACCCCAAGAGGAGCUGCUCGGUCAUCGAGGACAGCGGCCUGCAGGCGGCCUUCACCGUCGCCCACGAGCUCGGUCAUGUGCUCAGCAUGCCUCACGACGACUCCAAGACCUGCGCGAGGCUGUUUGGAGACCUGGGCGGACGCCACCUGAUGGCGCCGCUGUUCCUCAGCCUCAACCAGACGGCGCCGUGGUCGCCCUGCAGCGCGCUGUACGUCACCGAGUUCUUCGACAAUGGACACGGGGACUGCCUGCUGGACGCCCCGGACAGCAGCCUGCCGCUGCCGGGGGAGCUGCCGGGCACCCAGUACAGCCUGGACCAGCAGUGCCAGCAGAUGUUCGGGGAGGAGUUCGUCCAAUGCCCCGACCCCUCGGACGGCGACGUCUGCAGCCAGCUGUGGUGUCGGGAGGACGGGACGCCGCAGUGCUCCACCAGGAACGGCAGCCUGCCCUGGGCCGACGGCACGCCCUGCAGCCGCAACGGGAGCUGCCUCCACGGGGCGUGCAGGCCGACCCAGGAGGUGAUGCAGCCGCUGGUGGCUGUGGACGGCGGUUGGAGCUCGUGGGGGCCGUGGCAGAGCUGCUCCAGAACAUGUGGAGGCGGGGUGGAGUUCUCCUACAGGGAGUGCACCGACCCCGGGCCUCUGAACGGAGGGAGGUACUGCGAGGGACAGCGGGUCCAGUACCAGUCCUGCAACACGCAGCCCUGUGAGGACAACGACGGAAAGAGCUUCAGGCAGGAGCAGUGUGAGAAGUACAACAGCCUCAGCUACCUGGACCUCAAGCGGAACAUGAAACAGUGGAUCCCAAAGUACGCCGGCGUGUCGCCCAGAGACCGCUGCAAGCUGUUCUGCAGGGCCAGAGGCAGCAGCGAGUUCAAGGUGUUUGAAUCCAAGGUGACCGACGGGACGACCUGUGGGCUCGACACCACGUCGGUGUGCGUCCAGGGCCAGUGUGUGAAGGCCGGCUGCGACCAGGCCAUCGGCUCCGGCAAGAGGGUGGAUAAGUGUGGCGAGUGUGGAGGAAGUGGGCUCAGCUGCAGGAAGAUCACGGGCUCCUACAACAAAGCAACUUUCGGAUACAGCGACAUCGUCACGAUCCCUGUCGGCGCCACGAACGUUGACGUCAAACAGCGAAGCCACCGGGGGAUCAAACACGACGGGAACUACCUGGCCGUCAAGAGAGGGAGCGGCGGCUACAUCCUCAACGGAAACUUCUCCGUGUCCAUGAUGGAGCAGGACAUCCCGGUGCUGGGCGCCGUGCUGAAGUACAGCGGCUCCUCCACCACGCUGGAGAGGAUCCAGAGCUUCAGGCGGCUGCGGGAGGUCAUCACCAUCCAGCUGCUCGCCACCGCCGGGGACGCCAACCCCCCCAAGGUCAAAUACACCUUCUUCCUCCCCAGAGACGUGGCCUUCAACAAGUCCAAGGAGAGGAAGGGCUCGUCGGCGUCCUCGCACGUGAUCCGGCCGUUCGGCGGGCCGGACUGGGCGCUGGGCGAGUGGUCCCAGUGCUCCAAGAGCUGCGGCUCCGGCUGGUCCAGGAGGAACGUCGAAUGCCGAGACGUUGCGGGCUUCCUGUCCGGCCGGUGUGACUGGGCCCUGAAGCCCGUGGACAUCCGGCCCUGCGGGGAUGCGCCGUGCCCGAUGUGGCAGAUGGGGCCGUGGUCCGCCUGCUCGCAGACCUGCGGCCAUGGCGAGCGCCGCCGCAGCGUCUUCUGCACCGACUACACGGGGAAGAGCGUCGAACCAGAGAAGUGCAACGCCAACAAGAUCCCAGCGCCGGUCUCCGUAGAAUGUCUCCACCAAGAAUGCUCUUGAGAGGACUAGUUGGUCCAAUGGAUGGACCGCUGGGCACAGGCCACAGAGUCAGGGGCCGAGACGAGAAGAUGACCCCAAAGAGACAUCAAGAGACACAACACAACCACAAAGAGACACAACACAUCGAGUCUCAUCGAGUCCCAUCGAGUCUUGUUGAGUCUCAUCGAGUCCCAUCAAGUCCCGUCAAGUCUCAUCGAGUCUUCUUCUCCCCGUUGACCACUCUGGAGAUCUGAAACCAUGGAAUCUACCUCAGGAGGACAGGCGGUGCUUCAUGUACAGGUGUACAGGUGAAGCGUCUGUUCCCACUUCAACCAGAAACUCUCUCAUGGUGAUACUCUGUGACCCCCCACGGUGUAAAUAUUCCUCUCGUUGGCUCAAACCCACAUGAAGCUUUUUGUCCGAAAUAUUAUUAAUAUUCUGACCAUAAUUUGGAUUAUUGAAGGUAAUCCAGUCGUAGCCGAGACGUCGAAGCAGAUUGACGAACAUAUUAUUUAUAGACCUUGACAGAAUGAAUUAUGUGAGAUUAUGACUGCAGUUUCAUUUUAAGGUGUUUCAGGCGCAUUAUAAAGCAGUUAUGACCUUGGAGGUGUUGUUUCUAAGUUAAGUGAUAAUAUUAUCUAUCGUGUAUAUGGAAAACUAAAUAACAUUAAUUGUAUUAGUUUCCAGACUUUUAUUUUGUUAACGUAAAAAUAAGCUCACAGUUGAUUUCAGACUCUUGUUGUUUUGUAUAUUUGAUUUCUUCAUUUCUGUUGUUAGUUCACACGAUUGUUACCGUGAUGGAACCCAGAGGCGGAGCCCAUAUCCCUUCAGUGAAGGACCAUGCUAUGUUAUGAUUGCUUCCUUUUUAAGCUAUUUAUUUUUGUAAUAUUUUUACCCUGGAUUGUAAAUAACGUGGCAGACGCUGCUGUCUUUGUGAUGUUUGGUCAAAUAAACACAUUUAUGUUGAGAGAA